UGAUGCUUAUAUUUUUCCAUCGGUUGCUCAUCCACCCUUUCUCUUGGUAAAUGAUUCAAAUAUAGCCAAUAAGAAUCGAAUUACGACUGCUAUUUCCAUAUCUCCACUUACGUUCUAUCCAUCAAUUACUGCACCAGUUGGUUUUUCUAAACCAACCAAAGAGCAACCAGAUGGUUUACCAGUUAAUGUGUUUCUUUUUUCAAAGCCAGAAAACUUCGAUAAAGUUUUUCAAAUAGUUAAAUUGUGCGAAAAUUUGGGCAAACUAGAUAAAUUACCGUCUACAACACCUUUGCUUCUUUCUAAUUUUGAUAAUGCAUCAAUUAAACAAGUGUACUCGAUUUUUGCCUUAGUAUUUUCAGCUACAAUUAGCUUGAUAAUUAAAUAUUAA